CAACCUCCUCAAGUAUAGACAGAAGUGCUCCCCUUGAAAUUGGUCUUCAGCGGUCCACUCAAGUUAAAAGAGCAUCAGAUGAAAUAUUAGCAGAAGCAAAGAAACCAAGAAUAGAGGAUGAAGAGUGUGUGCGCCUUGACAAGGAGCGGUUGGCAGCUCGGUUGGAAGGACAUAAAGAAGGUAUUGUGCAAACGGAGCAGAUCAGGUCCUUAUCUGAAGCCAUGUCAGUGGAAAAAAUUGCUGCUAUCAAAGCAAAAAUUAUGGCAAAGAAAAGAUCCACUAUCAAAACUGAUCUGGAUGAUGACAUAACUGCUCUUAAACAGAGAAGUUUUGUUGAUGCUGAAGUGGAUGUCACCAGAGAUAUUGUCAGCAGGGAGAGAGUAUGGAGGACAAGAACUACAAUCUUACAAAGCACAGGCAAGAACUUUGCCAAGAAUAUUUUUGCAAUUCUUCAGUCGGUAAAAGCUAGAGAAGAAGGCAGAGCACCUGAGCAAAGACCUGCACCAAACACAGCCCCAACGGAUCCCACUUUACGAAAUAAGCAACCUAUUCCAGCUGCUUACAACAGAUACGAUCAGGAAAGAUUCAAAGGCAAAGAGG